GCCCAGUGAACAAAGAGUGUUCACAAUUGGAUGAAUCCGCCGAACGUCCCAAGCCAAAUGUCCAAAGUCAAAAGUCGUUAUUAUUGAACCACGCUUCCAGCUCCGUCGGGAUCUGGCCAUCUUGCACCAUCCAUCACCCUCGGACUCCGCCUUCAAUUGCUUCUUCAAGUGAUGCUGGGGCCGCUAUGAGAGCGACGACAUCGACAUUCUACUGCUUUGCGACGCCGUCAUCAUGAAGUGGUCGAGUUUGUUGCCCGCGCUCCUCGCAAGCUCCGCUGCCGCAGUCGCAUCACACUCUCCCCGCCGAAUACGCGACUACGACGCCUACGACUAUUACGCUGUACACCUGCGCCCAGAUCAGGAUCCAGAGCGCGCAGCGGCCGCCAUUGGGCUCCAGUACGAUGGGCCCCUCGGAGAAUUAGACGACCAUUACAUGUUCCGGGACACAGCCCCGAAGCACGAAUAUGACCACAUUGCUACAUUAAAAGACGACCUGAAGCGGCGGCGGCGAAAACGAGAAGCGGGGGCUGCAGCGCCGCAUGUCCUCGACAGUGUCAGAUUCUCGCAAAAGCAGAGGCUCGACAAAAGAUUUCCCUUGGUCAAACGACGUGCUCUGCCAGAUCCAGACAGCUCCAGACAAGGCAAAGGCAAGUUCGGCGCAGACCCGGUAGCAUGGGCAGUUGAGGAGCAGGACAAGGUUGCAACGGAGUUGGGCAUUGCGGAUCCCAUAUUUAAGGAACAGUGGCAUUUGUACAACACCAGAGAGGUCGGGCACGACAUCAAUGUAACAGGUGUGUGGCUUAGCGGAAUCACUGGGAAAGGCAUCAACACUUGUAUUGUGGACGAUGGCCUGGAUUUUCACAGCGGCGAUCUCAAGGACACGUACUUCGCAGCUGGUAGCUGGGACUACAAUGACCCGGGGCCAGACCCGCUGCCGAGACUGUCAGACGAUAGACACGGGACGCGAUGUGCGGGAGAGAUCUCGGCUUCCAAGAACGAUGUCUGCGGUGUCGGUGUUGCUUAUGGCGGAAAAGUUGCUGGCGUGCGUAUUCUCAGUAAAAGCAUUUCGGACGCAGACGAGGCCGAGGCCAUGAACUACGCGUACCAGCAAAAUUACAUCUAUUCCUGUUCUUGGGGCCCGCCAGACAAUGGAGUCGCCAUGGAAGCGCCGGGAAUCCUAAUUCGAAGGGCCAUGGUACAAGGCAUUCAGAAGGGACGGGGUAGUCUGGGCAGCCUUUACGUCUUUGCCAUUGGGAAUGGUGCAUCAAACGAUGAUAAUUGCAACUUCGAUGGAUACACCAAUUCCAUCUACUCGGUCAGUGUCGGAGGCAUCGAUCGCAAAGGCCUACAUCCUUACUAUAGCGAGAAGUGCUCGGCGCAGCUUUGCGUCACGUAUUCAUCUGGCUCGGGAGACGCAAUCCAUACUACUGAUGUGGGCGAGAACGCGUGCUAUAUUAGUCAUGGUGGCACAUCUGCUGCGGGACCUCUAGUGGCUGGCAUCUACGCCCUCAUGCUGGAGGUCAACCCAACUCUAACGUGGCGAGACGUGCAAUGGCUCACUGUGCUGAACUCGGUCAAGAUUGAUCAAGGCGAUGACUGGCAGAUGAACGAGGCGGUUGGCCGGGAGUUCAGCCAUCAGUUCGGAUACGGAAAGGCGGAUGCAUGGGCAUACGUUGAAGCAGCCAAGAACUGGACGAAUGUGAAGUCACAGGCAUGGUACUUUAGCCCAUGGCUGCACGUCAAGCAAGCCAUUCCACAGGGCGAAAACGGAUUGGCAUCAAGCUUCGAGGUGACAGAAGAGCACUUGAAGGAGUCCAAUCUCGCGCGCGUUGAACACGUCACCGUCACGAUGAAUGUCGAUCACACACGUCGUGGUGAUCUUUCCGUUGAUCUGAUCAGUCCAUCUGGCAUGAAGUCCGAGCUUUCCACACAUCGCCGCAACGACAACACCGCAGCUGGCUAUGUUGACUGGACGUUCAUGUCAGUCGCACACUGGGGAGAGUCUGGUAUUGGCAAGUGGACAGUUAUUGUCAAGGACACGCGAAAGAAUGAGCACCAUGGCAGCUUCACCGACUGGCACUUCAAGCUCUGGGGCGAAUGCAUUGAUGCUGACAAGCAGGAGCUUCUGCCCAUGCCGACCGAUCAGGACGACGACGAUCACGAUGUCUAUGUCGUACCGACGCAGACAGUUUCUGCUCAUACCACAUUUGUCGCCCACCCUACCAACGUUCACGGCGAGCCCGCUGGCAACCCGACUGAUCAUCCCAACCGACCCGUCAAGCCGCCAAAUACCCCCAAACCUACAGCUACAGAAGCCCCUGGUGCAGCUGAAGGCGACAAGCAGGAUGCUGCGGAACCUACAGCAUCCGCAUCUCCAGACGACAACAGAUACCUACCACACAUAUUCCCGACAUUUGGCGUUUCUGCCAAGACACAGAACUGGAUCUACGGGACUAUCAUUCUGAUCCUUCUCUUCCUGACCGGCCUCGCCGCCUGGAUCGUAUCCGUUCGGUGGAAGAAAGCCAAGCGACGAAACUUUGCUGAGUUCGAGAUGGUCAACCAGGAUGACACGGACGAGUCUGCUCCUCUUGCAGCUAAAGGACGUGCUCAUGGCAAAGCUCGUAACAAGAAGGGCAACGAGUUAUACAAUGCUUUUGCUGAAGGUAGCGAUGUGGAUGAAGCAGACGCUUUCGAGCUUGGAUCGGAUGUUGAUGACGAUCAGGAUGAUUUUGGGGAGGAGAGUUCGCGUGGAAGCGACGGGCAUGAGAGACGUGAUCCCGCUACCGAGAGGUAUCGAGAUGAUGAGCCUGGUAAGGAAGGACUUGACACUUAGUUAGUAGUCGAUAUUGGACUGAAGGCCUGAGCACAGCAUUUUAUGGAGAAUCAAAUCAAUCAUUGGAUGGCGCUUGUAGCAUUGGCGAUAGGAAAUGAUGGUUGCAUGUUGCAGGAGGUAUGAGGUAUUGACUUGAGAACGUACAGUAUAGGUACCUCUUCGACAUGGUGCAGAUCAUCAGCACUCCGCUAUCGGAGACUUGAUACUUUAACUCCUACCUCCUCC